AUGGGGAAUUGUUGUGCUCGAAAUCAGUGCUCACCUCCCGCAAAGAAAGGUGCUGAUUCUUUCCACUUAGUCUGUGAUGAAUCGAUGCUUCGUUCUACUUUUAAGGAAAGUUUCAAGUUAUCUCAUUAUGAAGGAAUAUCAAUUAGCAAACAGUAAGACCUAGAUAGCUUAACUUUAGUUGUGGAUGAAAGUGUGGAAGAAGAUGAUGAUGAUUUAACAAAAUCAUCUCUGAGUGAAAAAGAUACUAAUCAAGUAUCAGCAGUUGCAAACGUUGAGGGAGUCAACUAA